GAGAACGUGUGGGCGGCUAGCGUGGGCGCCUAGCUUAUAAAGCUCCGCGACCCAGCCUGCCUGAAUAGUCGUGUUCCGACCUUUGUAUGCAAACGUGAACAGUGCGAUAUGUGCAAUCUUCCUACAGGAUUAAGGAUGUGGGUGGUUUUCUUUUGCUAUUUGUUAGCAGAAGCAAAGACCUAUCCUAUGCAAGGAUGGCCAGUAUACGCACAAGAUCUUCGAGAUUACCAUGAUGACGAUUACUACUAUGCUCCUAAAGUUCAAUAUUUCUACGACACACCAGCAAUGAAUCCCCCGGAAGUUUAUGGUCAAGUUCCUUAUACGUACAUGUACGAUCCAUAUGGACAUUUCUCAAAUGAUGCACCGAAAAUAGAAGAAGAAAGAUUUUCAGCAUUACCCAUUGGACAAGAAACAUGGUUUGAAAGUGAUUCUAACCCUCGAUGGCGCUCCAACGACAUGGAUGACGUCAACGCCGCGUUCUUGGACAACCUCAUACUUACGCAAAUGGCAAGAGACGCCCAAAGGCGCCGUGAAAAUGCUCGGGCUGCUUUUUCGAAUAUGGACUACGACGACAAAGACAAUGAAGACAAAGAUGUACAAGAACUAAAAGCUUUAGCGGGAAAACCACUUUAUCACGCCCCAAAGUCUGUCCCUAGAAUUGAGGAUGACGAAGAUGAGGACUACGUAGGUGACGAUUCUGACGGUUUUAUUAAUUGGAAUGGAAAUAAACGAAGCCUUACCACUGAAGCACCUGUAUUGAGCACGGAAAGCUCAAUGAUUGAUAAAGUGGGUCAAAAAGAAGUUGUGAUGACUCGCCCUCCUCAACAUGUACGCCAACACUUCAACUUAAAAUUUGACCAAGAAAAACGAAGCUCACCCUUUUACACGACCAUAGCUCGUCUUGUGGAUAAUGCAAAACAUGAAUCAUCGAAACCGAGAAGAAUCGAUAAACGCUUCGUAGCGAGUGAUUCCGAUCUCGUCGUCGAGCUACGUGGACUUAAACAUCGCAUUGCAACCUAAACUUCUAAAUGAAAAUCGCCAACCAAUAUGAGACUGAAUUACUUUAGCAUAAUAGAUACGUACGACACCAGCGACCUGAUUAUAAUCUUCUAAAAGGCCCAUGAAAAUACAAAAAAAAAUAUUAGAUUGUAUAAGUAUUAAGUACGUGUAACAUUGUAAUUAUUUUUUUAGAAAUACUUAUGAUUUUAAUUAUUAGAUUUUUGUUAUGUUUAUUUUAUAAUCGUAGAUGAAUAGGAAAAGGUAAUGUACAAAAAUUGACUAUAAGCUCGUUUAGGAGAGGUUGUUGGAUGUAUAAUAUGAGACAUAUAGUUUUUCACUUCAAUCUCCGUAAGAUACCCUUCACAUGGCAGCUAAUAAUUGCACAAAAACGUGCGUGUAAAUAAAUUAGGUACUGAUUAUCUAAGAAUUAGAUAGAAAGCGUUAUAUUAAAUUCUAAUUUUUGUAUACUAAGUAUUAAUACUUUUUUGAUAUUUUUAUUGCAUAUAAAAUAAUUCAUUUAUGCUUGAACUAUUUACUAAGAACUUGAGACAUCUAAAUGGCGUCCAAUACAGCGCAAAUGCGAUCAUCUAUUUCACUUACGGACAAACGUGGAAAGGAUUUAAUAUUUAUUUUUUAUUAUUUUCUCAAAGAUGUAUAAAGCAUAAGUAUCGUGCUUCAAAUAUAAACUGUUCAUUUGUAUUCCCUAUCCUAAACAAUAUAUAUGUAAUUUCUAAAUAUUUGUUCGUCUUUGCUUAACUUUUAUCUAUGUAUACUCAGAUGCAGGUGCUAAUAACUUAUUUUCAUAUGUACUACGGUCUAA